UUCCUCAUGUCAGAAAUACAUGGAGUGUCUUUUCACAGAGAAAUACCAUACUUCCAAAAUGGCUCUUGUCUUCAUGGGGCUGAUAAUCUAGGAGGGAGAUACAGUACAACACAGGGCCAAGUUGGAGCGUGUGGUUAAGGAGUAGUUCAGACGAAUCCCCCACCGUCUGCAUUGGAUUCCAGUUUUUUAUUUUUCCUUCUUUUUUUCCAAAUUGUUUUUUUUUAAAUCUUCCCCCCCCCUUUCCUAAUUCCCAGCUUCUGAGGAGGAGACGCUCUGACCUCAUCUGUGCUGGCAACAAUCAAAGCCCAUUGUGCUGCUUGUUGGGUGUGCCUGUCCUGCCCUGAGAAUGUGGCAGCUGGUUGGCCAUUGUGGACAGAGAAGAGCUACUGUCACUUAUCUUGACAGGCUACUUUUCUGUGAUGUGGGCAACCCCCAGGCCCCACUUCACAGGAUAAGAGAGGAGCACCGGUUUGUAGUGGGAAGGCCUACAUGGGGGUGUCAGAACUACCCUCACCUCUGGAAACCUGUCUCCUCACUGGGACCAGGACAGACCUCCUGUUUGAAAGGGCUGUGCCUGGAUUUGACGCCCAGACUUGAAAGUUCCCUGAACCAAGAGAACCAUGUGCGAAACACAUCAAGGGACUCAGGCUUCCCAAAAACCCAACUUCAUUGUUUUUCUUGGAGGUGGAGAGAGCUGCUGUUCAGAAAAAUUUCCAAGGUUUCUGUGAUUUGUUAUGAAUUGAAGGUCGUUCCCUGGAUCAGAUUCGUAGGAGGCACCGGAGUCCGCCCGACGGUCAACGUGGAAGCAGAUGUGAGCUGGCAAUUGUGCAGCGGCGGAGAGAAAACACUCAUUUGGUUUGCCUCCUUGGGUUUCACUUUGCGCCUCUCCAGACUGUCUUCUCCCCGAUUUCCACUAGAGGGCGCCGAGCCCCCAGCUGUAGGGGUCUUUUCUGAUCCUGGUCCCAGGGGCCUGCUGCAGAGACUCCAGAGGAUUCUGGAUCCAGUUUGGGGUUCAGGGUUCCCUCAAAAGGUUGUUUGAGGACCUAAUUUUGAGCGACCUGCCCCUGUUGAAAUUACUUCUGCCACUUUGGAACGUCUGCUGAGAAUAACCAGGAUCCGCAUUUCCACUGUACUUUGUGCCUCACAACAUACUUUUGCGGGUACUGUGCCAUCGGUACUUCCGCGACCGUAAGGCAUGACUCCUCUCCUUCCCACCUCACGGAUGAGAACAACAAGGUCCAGAACGAGUAAGCGCUGGCCCUGGGACUUGAACUCACAUCAUGUGAUUCAAAAGGGAUUGCUCCUAUUUUGGGGGGGUCUUGGCAAUAUUAAGAAUUCAUUUGGGUUUGACUCCAGGGAAACCCUUCAGACUCCGCGAGCUUCACAUGGGUGUGCAUUAUCAGGAAAUUAUGACAUUCCCUCCAGACACUCUUCAGAAAAUGGCAGCACCUAUUUUUCCUGGACUGGUUGAAGGGCAUCCUUUCUUAGGGCAGCGGGAUGGACUGGACAAGCCCUGGAGGUGGCUUCUAGCCGUUCUGUUCUGCGGAACAAAGCAUCCAGAAAUAGACGAAUCGGUCCCUUUUACCCCAGUAACAUUUGUGGCUAACUGUAUGAAAACAGGCCAUAUCCAGUCUAAUUCAUAACUACCGUAGAGUCGUUUUAGGAGGUGCUCAUCUCAGUAAUAGAUUCAAAAAUUCUCUCCGGUUUAAGACCUCAUUGUUCUGGAGCACGGCGGCUGUCCCGCGUGAAGCAUGCAGUUCUCUCCGUGGCCACAGGGUGGCGGGGUGACCUUAAGCUUCUUCCUCGCCUUUGGACAGGAAACGCAGCUCUCAUCAAAAUGAGCAAAAUGGAGCAACUCGGAGCGGGUUCAGAGUGACAUACACUUCACGUUUAUAACCCCUUAAAAAGGGAGCGGCAAGCGCUCUGUUUCCAGAAUGUCAGCGAUGGGAGGUAGUGAGGAGAGGGGAUGCUGGGUUCUGAGACAGUGGAAGAGGCUCGUAGUGUGGAGGGCCAGGUCUACUGCAGCCCCUGGCCUGGUUACCUGGCCGAGGCCGAGGGGGCUGUGCCCUGCGGAAGCCCACCGUUGGGCCUUCCAAAACUAUUGCUGUUCCCCUUCUUUGUCUCGGAACCUUCUUUCCUGGGGCUCUGCUUUUAUAGAUUGUUUGUCCCCAGGAUGUACUCGUUAUGUCUUAAAGGGGUGCUUUAUGCUGUGUAAGUUGGGGAGGGGGGUGAUGCACCCUCCAAUGGGCAACAACCCCUUUCUGAGCCUCAAAUUGAGACAUAGGCUUCUGACAUGAGGGGCCGUAUUUUGGGGGAACGGUGAGGAGAUAUUUAAAUGUGGAUUCUGGGUUGUACAGGCACCUCCCACCCACACACGGUGGAAGCCUGGAGAGACUUGAGGGAGCGUUUACCGCUUGCCUACUGUGGGCAUCACGAUGCAGGUGCGAGCUCCCGUGGGGCCAAUGCGGACCCUACUAGGUGCUGACGGUAGGCGGAUUGGGCAGGAGCCUGACCCACCCCACUGAUGCCCACAUGGAAACUGUCAGCUUUCACCUCCCGCACUUCUGCCAAAGCCCUGGAUGCCGCCGUGUGGAGACAGCAGAGCUUUAGUGUCAUUAGCUCUAGUCUUCUUAGCCGGCCUGGCAGAAGCGAUGUUGAAUUUCAACGUGGGAAGUUUCCAAGCACAUCUUGAGGGAUGCAGGAGCCUCUAACACUUUUCUGUAGAUGUGAUUAAUAUUCCUUUCCUCAAAUUUGAGACCCACGGGUGGGUGUUUGUGUAUCAGACACACGCACACAUAACACACACAUGCCUCGGAAUGGGGAGGCAUUGCCGUUCAGGUUUCAAGACGGAGGCUGCGUGUAAUAGCUUCUUUCCUCCUUCUGGAUUCACUUUCGCUUCAAUAUUUAUGUCAUUCACUUAUUAAUCUUUUACAGGUAUUCUCAGAACACCUACUGUGUGCCAGGCAAAUUAAAAUGAGUCAGAGUCAAGCUUAUUUUUAGAAAAAGACAGACCCCAGGGAAUCCAUCCUUUUUUUUUUUGAUAGGGAAAAGGCAGGGCUGAGCCGUGUGGCUGAGAAUGAGGGUCUGGAGCUGCCGCCUGGGCAGGAAUCCUGGCGCGGGUGCUCCCUGUCUGUGUGUUGUUCGCUCAGUUUCCUCAUCCUCAUAUGUGGGUAAUGGUAGGACCCACAUCACUCUGUUGUCAGGAGCAAACAAACGAGUAAGAAGGGCUCUGUACCAUGCACGUGGAAAGAACACAAUACACACAGAGCCCUUACUCUUCGUCUUUUCUCCUUGUGAACUAAAGCUCCCCAGGAUCCUCGUUAGGCUGAGAUCUCUCCUGUGCUUAUGGACCAGCUAACAUGGAGACUGAGGGUGAACUGGACCCGGCUGUUUCUGUUUUGGGAGCUGGGGGCAGCUGAGGAGGCCUGUCAUCGCGGCCAGCAGGGAAGAAGCAGGUGGUGACGGAAUGAGCUCAGUGAUGAGCCAUCACUCUGGCGAGUGGGGCAGGGGGGUGAAGACGGGCGACCCCUGCUGUGGCCUGGACUCUGAUCGAGGUGACUGCCUGGGAGUCACCAUCCUCCUGAAACAUCACUUGCCGGUCUUUACACAAACUGAAGUCCCUUAAGGAGACUGUGACCCUCAGAAACAAAGAAAGACCCUUCUUCGGUCAAGAGGAUUCUAGGGCAUCAGGAGAUCACCUUUAGAGAAAGUCCAAGCUCUGGUUUCUGAGGGAUCCCCCAGGUCAUGGAGCCCCUGUGUCACCUUUUAGGGCUCAGUGAUCACGGCACAGCUCCAUCCAUGAUGGUGCCCAUGGGGCAAGGCACCCCUGACAAGGUAGUGUCUACACAUUUUAGUCUGGUCUUUCUAGAGUUGUGGCUUCACCCUGGUUCUUCCAACCUCAUUCCUGAAGAUGUGUGGGAAGGAGCCAUGUGCAUUCGUCCCCAAGCCUUGAGUCCCCUGGAUCAAGAAUGAGUGACCCCAAGCUCUCAGGAUGGGGGGGGGGUGGGCAGCUCCUGUCAGGGAGGCUCCAAAAGGCUGUGAGCUGAGAUCCACUGGGGGGGGCUUCAGGCUGCCCUAAAACCAGGCCCGCAGUGGCUAAUGGGCAGGUGUGGUGGAAUUGUGGGUAGCUCGGUGACACCUCGGUGCCACUCAAGGGGGUGCUUUGUAAGUGUCUUCUGGGAGAGCGGUGGGGAGAGGGCAUGAGAGCAAGAAGCCCCAACACCAGGCCCCAGAGGGGGCAUGAGAUACCAUAGGAGGGGUGAAGCUGGGGAUCUGAGGUUCUUUGUUAGCCAGGUGACCUUGAGUAGGCUAUUUCACCUUGUGGGGCCUCACUUUUCAAACCUAUAAAACAGGAAGAAAAAAUUUUGCCUCCAUCACUAGGCUGGAUCAACACGAGUCCAGCUGCUGUGUGCAGGUGGCCGUGCUCCUUAAACAGAGGCUUCUGCUCUGGGACUGGCCUGUCUGCAGUGCCCAUCCAGGCAUUCCUGGGGUGCCCCCUGCCUGCCUCCGGCUCCGUCUGUCCCAGGUGAGGAGCACUUGGGCUAUCCGCAGCCCAUCCGUCCUCAUCACAUGACCAACAUGUGCCCUUUCAGGAGCUAGGUCCAGGUCAGGCUCGAAGUCAUCAAGCUCUGACCUCACCAAACUUCCUCCUUCCUCACUCUGCCUUCCACGUGUGCUGUGCUCCCUGACGCUGAGGUCCCUGUGGGGCGCCUCACCUUUGCUGACACCCUUUCCUUCACCCAAACCCUCAGGUUCCUCAGUCUCCAGGACUGGUUGCCAUUCAGCUGACGGGGCAACACAGGCUUCAUGGUGGUAACACCAUAACCUCCCAUCCCCUCCCACCCUCAAUCCAAAGUGCUCUCUCUGCAGUGCCUCGAAGUUGGCAUAAAGAACAAUAUUUGAGCCCCAUGGCAGGGCCAAAGGACUGGAAAUUCCUCUUAUCCUAGGCUGUUUGGGCAGCUUUGCCCUAGUGUCAGCUUUGCUGCUGUGAUUCCCCCUCAUCCACCUCCAUUUGAGCUUAUGGCAAGGACACUUACAGUGUCCCCUCUCCUUGCACUCCUCCCCACACCCCCCAUGCCCCCAGCACCCAAGCUGCUGGUCCCCCUGCAGGCCCCACUGACAUGGACAGUACAGUAGAUCCAGGAGGGUUCAGGGUUUGCAGCAUGACUAAGAUAUGUUGCCAUUGACAAGAUGCUCAUAGGCUGAGUGGGGGAGACAGCCUGGCUUUAGAUCUGGCCUCAUUCUUGCAUCUGUAAGAUGGAUUCAGGCAGGUGCCUCAGGUGAACAAUACCAACCAUCCUGGGUGUUCCUCACAUCCGCUGAUGCCAGGCCGUCAUGUGUCCCCAUUGACAAGCAUAUACUGAGCACUUCCUAGGUUCCCAGUACUGCCUGGGGUGCUGGGGGGAACUUUUAGCAAACAAAGCUAUUUGCCUCAUGGAGCUUCUGGUUUCGGGGAGAAACAGAGGAAACGUAAAACGACAUAAAUUGUUAUGUCUAUCAAAGUGGUGAUAAUUACUUAAUUGUUACCUUUGCUUCUGCCCUUGGCAUGCCAGGUGCUGCUACUUCUGGGAAAGAUCUAGAUUGUCUGCUGUGGAUGAGACCUCAUUUGCUUAUUCUGAUGUUUUCAUGCAGUCCUUCUCCGCCAGAGUUCCUCAUGGAAACCACAGAACACAGAACAUGAUCUUAGUGACAAUUUUCUCAGCUCUGCCAAGGAUUGUUCAGAACUAGGACCACUUUGGAUGCAGACGAGAGGAGCAAAUUCACUACAUACAAUGGAUGUCUUAGGGCACUGGGCUUUUAUUCCCCCCUCCGCUUCUUUGUGACAAGUUUUCCAUUUUUCAUCCUCUGAA